AUGCCGGCCGGCGAUCCGUGUUGGAGCUAUGAGGAAGAGGAAGCGGAAGUGCCUGGCAGUGGGCAUGACAGCUCUUCUGAUGAAUCUGAAUGGGGAACUGUAAAGGAGAACUUUUGUAUCAACGGCAUCCUAGGCGAUGAGGAGGAGGGUGAUCUAGUGGAUGAAGAAGACGGGAAGCAGCUCUACCUUCCCGAGCCUGUUGUCUCCUUGACGGUGAGGCAGAAGCCGGAACUGCCACAACUGUCACCUGAGAGCCUUCCGGCUGGCUGUCAUGUGUGGGUGGUGGACGAGGAUGACGUUCGCCUUUUGUUACGGGAGUACUGGGAUGACUCAUACGGCGCGGUGUGUAAUGGCAGACUUCGUGGCACCGUAGUUCGGCACUCUGAUAACGUGACGCUUGUCUCGUUUUACGAUGAUCAUCUUGAGAUGAGCUAUGGCCUGAGUCUCCCGCGUGUUUGCCUGUCGAAGGAACCGAUUAAGGCGUACGACCGUUCACUGGGUGGAAGCAAUCGGUUUGCUGAGUCUUGUUUUGGCAUUGGCAAUCUUGACCCGCGGGUAGGGCGUUUUCGCGAGGAGGCCGAAGCUUUGAAGAUUAAUCGGCAAUUUUAUGAAUCCCUCUCAGUGAUGGAAAUUCAGGUGCCGCAAUCCACGCCCCAGCUGGCCGUGGUGCUGGAAAACCUUAACGAGGGUGCAUACGAAGCGGCGCUGACGCUAUUGAGCAAGUUGCCGUCGAACGUAUUCAACCGAGUAGAUUGCUUAGUUCUGCGUUCGCGCGCAAAUGCCUUUCUGGGACGCUUUACAGAGGCGCUCAAGGACGCAAUGAGGGCGAUUGAAGAAGAACCACGCUGGGUGAAAGGGAACCUGGCGGCUGCCCGGGCCUUGAGUGGGCUAGGCAAAUUUGAGGAGGCUGCGCGGCAAAUUAACCGUGCCAGGUUGCUCCUACCACAUAGUCAUGAACUGCGCAAAAUUGAGGAACUUAACUCCUUUAUGCUAAAUUUGCAAUUGGAGUUACCGCGCCACUACUUGGGUCUCUAUUUGGACGCCCAGUACACCAAAAAAUUACUCUCAUUUCGCCCAUUUAAAAAGGAUGAGGUGGUGUUUAAAGGGGAUCAUGUAAUUUUGGCGAUGGAGUCAAUCUUUGCAGCUCCUUCCAAUAGAUGUUGUGUGUGCCUGAAGCCUGGAGGACAAAUGAUGCGGGUUCCUGUCGAUUUAGAGGGGAAUCCCUCCGAGGAAUUGGCCCGUUACUGUAGUGCGGAGUGUCAGCAGCGGUCGUCGCUUUUUUUCGUUAUGGAACUCGGUCGUCAUCGCGUGGCUUUGGAGCGUGCACGGGACCUCAUCUCUUGCACCCUCGCACAAACAGCCAAUGAGUUGCCUUUAGAUAUGACCUACAUGACCACGCGUCUCUUCUUGAUGAUAUGCGUCACCCAUGAAAGGCUUGCGUCUAAGCGCCGUCAGACGCGACGUCGCAAUGAUGUCAGUAGUACUUCCAGUAUCUCUUUUGAGGAUAGUUCUCGCAGCGGUGGGUCGGAUACGACAGGGCUUUUGCCGCUCAAAGCUGCGCUUCAACACCUAGGCGUGUACCCGCUUCCAACAGACCGGCUCAGUUCCGGUGUCCGGGAGAAGAUGUAUGUAUUGUAUAACACCAUUACCGCCUUCUUCUCAGAUAGCGACAAGCAAAGGUACCCAGCUGCAUUAUUUUAUGCGUUGUAUGAGUACGUGUGCGCGUUUGCCAUCGCCGUACACGUGCCUCGGUCUGACAGUAGAAUAUAUUAUCUUCCAAAACUUAUGGGGGCAGUCCGUCAUGUGGAGGCGUCAGAGGCGAAUUGUCGUGUCACCUUCAGUGAGGCUGGAACAGACAUUGCACUCGUUGCGUCCAGACAUGUUUUUCCGCAUGAGACACUUUCUGUCCCUGAUUGGGAUAAACUCGACACGGAGUGA